UACAUGCUGACCGUUGACCAGUGCAGUCAACGCGAAUAAAAAAACGUGCGUUAUCUGUGGCAUGCGAUUGCGCGGGAAAAGAAUGUGACAUUUCUUUCACAGCUAAUAAAUUAUCGUGAUUCUUAUUUUGUGAUUUAUGUGUUUAGUGUAAUCGUGACAAACGCUUGAAAACCGUGUUAUUACGAAUAUUACGGAAUCAUAUGCUAUUAUAUUAAUUUAAAAAGACAUUAGUGUAUUGGAAAAAUCCGUCCGCGUUAUGCUUAGUGCGUAAAAUGAAGGAUAUUGUUCAACUUUGGGGCCGAGUCACGGGAAGGCAGUAUUCAGUGAAUAAUGAACGGGAAUUAAGGGACUUUACAAAUAAUAGAUUAAAAAAUAUCGAAUCCGUGAAUUUUGAAGCGAACUUUUCGGAGUGUGAGGAUUUAAAUAAAUACGAUGAGCUGGACUUCAAUGAACGGAAGGAUGCUAUUAUAAACAAAUUGUUUGAGAGGCGGAAGAAAGGGCAUAUUACGCGACAGCCAAAACGUUUGUUCGUGUUGUUGAUGUUAGGUUUCUUCUGUCUCGGAACUGGAUUAUUUAUUGCUCUGGUAAAACCCUACGACAUACUAUUCAGAUGGAAAAUCAAAUUCCAAGAGGGCGGCGAGAUUUUCGAUAUGUGGAGGAAGCCAGAAGUCGAACUUUACACUCGUGUUUACUUGUUCAAUGUCACCAAUGCAGAAGAGUACAUGGCCGGUAAAGAUGACAAGCUAAGGCUCAAAGAAGUUGGACCAUUUGUUUAUCGGGAACAUCUCGAACACAGCGAAAUAAAGUUUAAUGAUAACGGAACAUUAUCCACAAUACCAAAACACCCGUUGACCUGGGUAGAGGAACUGUCUGAGGGGAAUAAGGAAGACGACAUUUUAUACCUACCGCAUAUCGCUUUGUUUAGUAUAGCAAACGUGGUCUCUAGCCAAAGUUUCAUGACGCGUUUUGGUUUGAAUAAUCUCAUCGGACUCACAAAUAGCCAGCCUCUCGCCAAGAUGACGGCUAAAGAGUUUAUGAUGGGCUACAAGUCUGAGCUCAUGACAUUGGGCAACACUUUUAUGCCUGGUUGGAUCUAUUUUGAUAAACUUGGCCUGAUUGAUCGGAUGUACGACUUUAAUGGCGAUUUUGAAACCGUAUUCACUGGUGAAACGGAGCUAACACAUUCAGGUCUGAUUGAUACCUACCGGGGCUCUACAGACUUGCCGCAAUGGCCUGAGAAACACUGCUCAAACGUACAAUACGCGUCAGAUGGUACGAAGUUCAAGAGUUCGAUUGGGAAAAAUGAUUCUCUGUUGUUUUAUAGAAAGAGUCUGUGUCGCGCUGCGCCCUUGAUCCCAGUGAAAGAGGGCGAGAAGAAUGGUUUGAAAGGGGUGAUGUACACAUUUCCCGAUCACAUGAUGGACAAUGGAAUACAUAACGAGGAAAACAAGUGCUUUUGUCGACAUGGUAAAUGUCUGCCAGAAGGUUUAUUGGAUGUAGCCGACUGUUACUACGGGUUUCCCAUAGCUUUAUCCUACCCUCACUUUUAUAAGGGUGAUGAUGUUUUAUUUACGAAGAUCGAGGGUUUGAAGCCGGAUAAAGAACUGCAUGAAACAAGGUUCUGGAUCCAACCCGACUCCGGUCUUCCCCUCGACGUGAGUGCCAAGUUCCAGAUCAAUAUGCCCUUGGAGGAUAUCAGCAACAUCAGAAACACAGGCAGAUUUUCCAAUAUCUACUUGCCGCUUCUCUGGUUUGAUAUUAGAAUGUUCCGCCUGCCAUCGUCAAUGGAGAUGCGCUUCAAAAUGUAUCUAAACAUACUUCCUAUAGUAGAAAGAUCAAUAAUGUACUUGAGUUUCAUUUCUGGCACGAUCUUAAUAUUCGUAACCGUCUACAUCCUAACAUUUAAAAUCAUGUUUAAGUCAUACAAACACAAAAAACAUUGGUGUAAUAAAGACAAAAUGAAAGAUAUCUACUUGCCCUGUGAAAUACCUCUAGACUCAGAUGAUAAUGAAAAAGAAUCAAAGUCUUUUAUUAAAAUACCCUCGGAUAGGCUCAAAGAAUUAGGCCAUAAAAUCAGCGAUAAAGUAGGUACAAGAAUUUUCGAUUCCGAACGUAAAAACUCCCUCAUUGUUCCUGAAUGUUCGGAAGUCAAUGAUGCGUAUAGGAGUGAGAGUGAUGGUAGAGAAAGUGAUGAUGAUAGGCGAGAAAGUGAUGAUAACAUAAGAGGUGAUGGCACUUGUAAAUAUCUAGAAAUAAUUGAUGAUGGAAGUGAUUUCGAUUAUGUUUGUACUGAGAGUGAUCGAGCGAAUGCAUUGCGCGAGUUAGAUAAGUGAAAUCGUUGAUCAAUCAUUGAUGUCAGUUACUAAGUCUAAUUCCGUUCUAACUAAACUACUUUGUCUCUUUCUGCAAUAUGUUAAUACUGUGAUAAAGAGGCAGAUAAUAGGCCCUGUUUUUAUCUUGCCAACUUAAAAAUCGGCCGCUCUUUCCGAUGAAGGGCCGAGUCAAAACUACCCGCUUUCAAUGACAUAAUGUCUGGUAAGUAUUAUUAGAAAUCUUUUGGGAUAUAUAUUUGUUAAUUGUUAAUAUGCAAAGUAAAACUUAUUUCACAUAUAGCAACAAUUUUUUCUCAAAGAGUUUAUAAUUUAAAAUUUAAAUAAAAAAAUGAAGAUUAAGAAAUUCUGUUAUUUUCCUAUAUUUAUUUAGUAGACGAAAUGUAAUAAUAUGGUUAAUAUCGAUUUCAUUAUUUGCCAUAUGCACGAGGGUGUUUAAAAAAAUUAACUACGCCAGCGAGAUUACCAAUGAUUUUUAUUGUUUCUAAGACGACUUCACAUUUGGUUCUACGAUUUUUUGUGAUACCCGCAAUUUACAUUAAAUCGCUUUGUUUGGUGGUUAUUGACUGCAUCAAUGAUCGAUGUAAGAUAAACUAAUCAUGACAUUGAUUUUCUAAAGCCUACUUAAAAAUUAUGAUUGUGUGUCAGUUUUUUUAGGUAGUUCACGCUCAAUGUUUGCUCACUAAUAAUAAAUAAGGUAAUUAGGAAUACUAAGACGGCUAAAUUGCUGAACCGUUUAUAAUAAGAUUUAAGACUGGUGUUAGAAUUCCAUUCUUAUUUUACAGUGAGAGACUGGCGAAUAUGUUAUUAUUGAUUAGGUAUUUUAUUUUACUAUAAUGUGCUGUUAAGUUCAUGUAACAACAAAAAGUUCUAUGCCAAUUUUUAACAAUUAAUUGUUAAUUAAAUUAUGCAUACCAUACUUUUUAUUCUUCUAUGGAUUUACUAAGCUUGCCGUUAAUGUAUAAGGUAGUUAAUAUGUGAUAUUUAAAUUAAAGAUUAAAUAACCGAUCUACCUGAGAAUAUAAGUAAAUUAAUUGUAAAUAUAAAUUUAAGGUUU